UUUUCUCCUCCACAUUUCUCUUUGGCUUAAGUUCUCUGUUUUUCAUCUAUUGAAAUAGAAUACCAACUGUAUGGAAACAAUUUUUGUUUCUAAAAUAACCACUUCGCCUUUAACCUGCUCCCCUGGUCAUACAGCCAAUUAGCCAGCUAGCAUCGCUAGCCUCAGCAGCUGGUAGCCAUGGCUGCAGUCAUUCUGAGUUUUCCAACUUUGCAGGGUCUGAAGAUAUUCACACACAAGCUGUCAUGGACCAAAAGAGGCGUGAGACUUGUUUCAGGAGGGGUUGGAAGAAUCGAAAAGGUGCUGAUCGCCAAUCGAGGCGAGAUUGCAUGCCGUGUGAUGCGUACGGCUAAGAAGAUGGGCGUGCGCUCUGUUGCAGUAUACAGUGAUGCAGACAGACACUCCAUGCAUGUGGCCAUGGCAGAUGAAGCCUACCAUAUUGGUCCUCCUCCUUCCCAGCAGAGUUACCUCUCAAUGGAAAAGGUUUUGGAAGUAGCCAAGAGGUCGGGAACACACGCAGUCCAUCCUGGAUAUGGUUUCUUGUCAGAAAACACAGAGUUUGCAGAGGCCUGUAAACAGGAAGGAAUCAUCUUUGUUGGGCCUCCUUCUUCUGCCAUCAGAGACAUGGGCAUUAAGAGCACAUCCAAACACAUCAUGUCAGCUGCUGGUGUUCCAAUUAUUGGUGGUUACCACGGAGAGGACCAAUCAAAUGAGAGGCUGCAGGCAGAAGCCGCCCAGAUUGGUUACCCUGUGAUGAUCAAGGCAGUGCGUGGAGGAGGAGGGAAGGGAAUGCGUAUCGCCCGAUCCGACUCAGAUUUCUUGGAGCAGUUGGAGUCAGCGAGACGAGAAGCCAGGAAGUCCUUCAAUGAUGAUGUCAUGCUGGUUGAGAAGUUUGUUGAGGACCCCAGACAUGUAGAGGUUCAAGUGUUUGGAGACAUGCACGGUAACGCCGUCUAUUUGUUUGAGAGGGACUGCAGCGUCCAAAGGAGACAUCAGAAGAUCAUAGAGGAAGCACCGGGGCCUGGAAUAAGCCCCGAGGUUCGGAGGAAACUUGGAGAGGCAGCUGUCAGAGCAGCUAAAGCUGUCAACUAUGUUGGGGCUGGUACGGUGGAGUUCAUAAUGGACGCCCAACACAACUUCUACUUCAUGGAAAUGAACACCAGGCUGCAGGUGGAGCAUCCUGUCUCUGAGAUGAUCACUGGAACGGACCUGGUGGAGUGGCAGCUCAGGGUGGCAGCAGGGGAGCGUCUGCCACUCCUGCAGGAUGACAUCAUCUUAAGGGGACACUCUUUUGAGGCUCGUAUCUAUGCCGAGGAUCCAAACAAUGACUUCCUUCCAGGGGCAGGACCUCUGCUGCAUCUGUCCACGCCUCCAGCAGACCAACACACACGCAUAGAGACGGGAGUUAGAGAAGGGGAUGAGGUGUCGGCACAUUAUGACCCGAUGAUUGCCAAGCUUGUAGUGUGGGGAGAGGACCGAUCUGCUGCCUUAAAGAAGCUGCGGUAUUGUUUACGGCAGUACAAUAUUGUGGGACUGAACACUAACAUAGACUUUUUGCUGAGCCUUUCGGGGCACCCAGAGUUUGAAGCUGGAAAUGUGAGCACCAGUUUCAUCCCUCAGCACUACGCUGACCUCUUCCCUGCUCCGAGAGCGCCUUCUGGGGCAACGAUCUGCCAGGCAGCCCUGGGCCUGGUGCUCCAGGAGAGGAAACACACACAGGAGUUCAUACAGACCUCCACAGAUCCUUUUUCUCCGUUUGGCUCCAGCAGCGGCUGGAGAAGCAACAUCCAGUUUAACAGAAACAUGACGCUACAGCUGGGAGACCAGAAAGUCAAUGUGGUGAUCACAUAUAACAAAGACGGAAGCUACAGUAUGCAGGUGGGUGAGGAGGUCUACCACGUUACGGGGGAGGUGGAGGUGGAAGGUGGAGCUUCCUUCUUGCACUGCUCAGUAAAUGGAGUGAAGUCUCGACCCAAACUGGUGAUCCUGGACAGCACAGUGCACCUGUUCUCCAUGGAAGGAAGCUCCCAGGUGUCUGUUCCUGUGCCGAAGUAUCUGGCUGGUGUUAGUGGAUCGGGAGCUCAGGGUGGAGCUGUGGCCCCCAUGACUGGAACCAUAGAGAAGGUGCUGGUCAAAGCUGGAGACAGGGUAGCUGUCGGGGACCCGCUGAUGGUCAUGAUUGCCAUGAAGAUGGAGCACACGAUCCGUGCACCCAAGUCAGGCGUGAUCAAGAAGGUUUUCUUCAGCGAGGGCUCUCAGGCCAGUCGCCACGCAGCUCUGGUGGAACUGGAGGAGGAGGUGGAAGAGGGGGAGGGGAGCGGCCAGUAAAACGCACACACCCCACACACAAUCAAAUCCACAAAUACACCGACAUGUAGGAGAUAGCCUGAAAGUGUUUGGGAGAGAUAGAAGCUAAGUUUUUGCUUCAUGUUUCCUACAAAUCAUCUGUUUGAGAGAGUUUGGGUCAGUCUGUAACAGACGGGAUGAAAACGAUCACAGCUGGAGUCUAAAUGCAUUAAGAAAGGUUAAAACACAAAGCUAGUGAUGGGAAAUGCAAACGUGACGCAUCAAACAUCCUCUAAUGUACAGACUGUUUUUUUCUCCUAAAUAAACACGAGUGUUGCAUCAUGUAUAUUUCCAAACUGAGAUCUGUUUCUGGUUUUUGUUCUUCCUCAUCGUUUGUUCUGUUUGCAGCGCCCCUUGAUCUUCUUCCUGUGUGUUGCUCUGUCAGCUGUAAAGGGUGAUUUUCAUUAUGCUAACAUGUCUCCUCGCAUCUCAACUCACACUGAGGGUGUGAAUUGCAGGAUUUAUACUUCACAGCAGCUGAUAAACAUUUUGGUCAAGGCUGUUUUCUUUCUUCAAAUUUCUCUGGAAACUUGUCUCCUUUGUGAAUGUAAUGGAAAUGUUUAAAAGGUGGGGAGAAAAGAGGACGCAUGAGUUAGCAUAAGGAAAAACACCUGAACUGUCAAUGAAAGAGGUGUUUAGUUUAUCACACAGUGCUGAUGAUAUUGCUUCCUCUUCCUCCUUUCUGUGUACUUCUCUUUAAACCUGUAAUAUAAGAGAGAUGCGCUCUAAUACUGGCUGAAUUUUGGCUUCAUCCUUUGAGGUUGAGGUAAACUAUCUUAGUUUAUGGGCUUGUUUGGACCAAAAUAAGCAAUCAAAAUGUUUCUGUUUUGUUUUUACCCCCUGGCAAGGUGAGACCGCUUGUAUAUAAUGUAUGAAAUAUUUGUUCCUGGCUAUAUUUGGGAUGGAAAACCACUCAGUAUUUUGGUGUUUUUAAACUCCAGACUGACUCCAAACUCUCCUUUACACAUUUGUAUCAGUCACAAUGUCAGAGCUGAGCUGAUGAUCUGGUUCUUAUGAUGGCUGCAAAAAAAAAAAAACACUCCAGAGAAAUUUCAACUAAAGUCAUUCUAAAAAAAAAAAGUAAAAUUCACAUUUGUGGUGUUUUUGUGAGGGGAUUUGUCUCUGGCUUAAAAAUAACCCCUGCAGGACAAAAUGUCGGUCACAGAGAGCUUUUAGGGGACAGAUGUUUGCUUCUGUUUAAAUCCACCAACAAAUGAUCACGUAGACGACAUGUGAGCCAGAGCAGUUUGUUCGGCUCGCUCUCUCUUCUUACUAACGGUGUGCUCAGUGGCCUUGUAGACUAAAACUGUUUGUUGUCUGGAUCAUUUGUAGAUGAUCUAAAGGAAAAAAGAUGUUGAACCUGUCAAAUACUGUAAUAAAUUUUCUAAAGUGUACUCAA